AUGCCUUCUCUCAGCAACAUCCUCCUCGCCGCUACCCUGGCCCUUUCCUCUGCUGUCUCCGCCAAGACCAUCCCCAUCAAGGUCGGCGAGUCUGGUCUUACCUUUGAGCCCGAGAACAUCAAGGCCGACGUCGGCGACGUUCUCGAGUUCUGGUUCUACGCCAAGAACCACAGCAUCGUGACCUCUACCGCGGCCAAGCCUUGCGAGCCCAAGACCGAGAACGGUUUCUUUUCCGGGUUCUUCCCCGUUGCUGAGACCGGUGUUGCUUCUGAAAACGUCUUCCGCGUAACAGUCAACGCCACCACCCCUCUCUGGUACUACUGCUCCCAGGGCAAACACUGCCAGGCCGGCAUGGUCGGCGCCGUCAACGCCAAGAGCACCGACGACUUUGACAAGUUCAAGACGGCCGCCAAAGCCGCCUCCAGCAACGUGACGCCCGCCGGUGGUGUCUUUGGUGGUUCCGUGGCCAAGGCUUCUUCUUCCGACUCCGAGUCCGGUUCUGGUUCUUCUUCCACCACCCUUGCUGCUGUCCCCAGCGGUACUGCCUCUGGUACUGCUUCCGGUGCUUCGUCGACUGCUUCCUCUACUACUUCUGGCUCCCCUGUUAGCGGUGCUGGAGCCGUUGGUGUCUCUUUUGGUGUCUUGGUUGCCGCGCUUGGGUUUGCUCUUGCUUAA